AUGGUCGAUUCCCUUGUAGAUGCAGUACAAGCUGCGUCUCCUCCAAUUGGGCUAUCAAUACGCUCCGAAAAUGAGUACAUCGAUCGUCUGCACCAAUUCUUGCUUCCUACGUGGUUUACCAACAUCAACUGGCGAACCAACCAGGCGCUUUAUUACCCACCCGCGCUACUUGCAACGAUGAGCGCUCGUAGUAUUUGCUUCCCUGCCAACGGCAACCGGACCCAGAUCCCUCCCUUCUGCAGUGAGCUCUGGAUCAACUUCGACAAAUCGUGCGCGCCAGCUGACGUCAAAGGUAGAGCUGUUGGGCUGCUGUAUGUGCACACGAUGGCACGUCUCCGAGAGGUGGAAGCUCGCUUCCCACACUUGGCAGUCGAUUUGACAUUUCUGGAAAGCCAGGAGGAUUUACAAGUGUCUCGAGGUGGACUAUCGUGGACAGGAUUCCGUCGAUCGGACGUUAGCACUGUCAUCCGGGCUCGUAAAUGCAUCAACAUCGACGUUCCGAGCUCCUGUGAGACCGUAUAUCUUGAAGACUAUCGCUACGAAACGGGUCUGUUAAUCUCCGACAUUGUCCAGUGGUAUCGGCUACUGGCGGCGCUCCGAAUUGUUGGUCAAGGCUACUUUUUGCUUCGAGGAAUUGGCUUAAUGCUGAGCUGCUACUUCGUUCACGGUACCCCGAAGUCUUAA